GACACUAACGAAGGGUGUUGCUGGAGCUUUGAAGACGGACUAGACUGCUGAAGUGAGGUAGAGGAUGGCGAAGUGUAAAACAGACUGCAUCGAAAGGCCUCUGUCCCUGGUCUUUGAAAAGCUUGGUCGUGUUGUUGGUAGAUAUCCUUUUGUGUUUCUUUUAUUAGCUAUAUGUGUAGCUGCUGCCCUUGGAGCUGGUUUCAUCUUUCUUCAGGAGAGGGAGGCAAAUGAUAUUGAAGACCAGUUUACGCCUCUCAAUGGACCUGCCAAGUUGGAGAGGGCGAUUGUGGUGGAAAAUUUCCCACAAUCUGAAGAGUUUUCUCAGCUACGGCUUUCGUCUGAUGGCACUUAUGCCUCUUUGAUUAUUACAGGCUUGCAAGGAGAAAAUAUAUUAACUGUAGCAGCUUUUAAUGACAUUAUAGAGUUAGACAGACAAGUGAAAAGUAUAUCGACGGGAAACAAUUUUGAAAACCUCUGUGCAAAAACAAAGGGAGACUGUAUGUCAAAUGCAAUUUUAGACAUUAUAAAUUACAAUGCUACUGAAAUAGUUUCUUUAAACAUAACAUAUCCGAUGAAUAAUGGCAUGUUUUUGGGAACAACCAUCGGCGGUGUAGAGCUGGAUAGCUCAAAGCUCACCAGUGCAAAAGCGGUCAGGCUUUUUUAUUUCUUAGACGAGAAGAAGGAGGUUGAAAACUGGCUUGAUGGCUUUCUAAAACUCCUCUCAAACUCUACAGACCAGAAAACGGUCCAUGUGUCUUACUUUACAUCAGUGUCAAGACAGAAUGAGUUUGAGACCAAUUCAGACUCUGUCAUCCCUCUCUUCUCUGUUACAUAUUUCCUGGCCAUUACCAUUUCAAUUCUGUCUUGUUUGAGAUUAGACUGUGUCAGGACGAAGGUGUGGGUGGCCGCGUUCGGCGUCGUCUCCGCUGGUAUGGCCGUGUUGGCCAGUUUUGGACUGCUGCUGUUCUGUGGGAUGCCGUUUGCCAUGACCGUGGCCACAGCCCCCUUUCUGAUCCUUGGUGUUGGUGUUGAUGACAUGUUCAUUAUGAUCUCCUGCUGGCAGAAGACUGAAGUUAAUAAAGCUGUUGAGAUUCGUUUAGCAGAAACGUAUAAAGAGGCCGGCGUGUCCAUCACUAUCACCACCCUGACAGAUGUUCUGGCUUUCUACAUCGGUCUCAUGACGCCCUUCCGCUCAGUCCAGUCUUUCUGCAUGUACACCAGCACAGCUCUUCUGUUCUGCUACAUCUUCAACAUCACCUUCUUCGGCGCGUGUCUCGCACUAAACGGACAGAGAGAGAAAGGCAACAGGCACUGGCUGACCUGCAUGAAAGUCCCAGAAGCCACUGGUGAUGGUGGAGGUUGUUGUGUCGGUGGGGCGUAUGAUGAAAACACACAAAAGGAAUUUGAAAUGCCAGUGGAUUCAUUCUUUAAAAAGUAUUACGGCCCUUUUCUGACGAGAGUGUGGGUUAAGACGCUCGUGUGUGUGAUCUAUGCUGGGUAUUUGGCAGUGAGUAUCUAUGGAUGCUUCCAAAUGCAGGAAGGUCUAGAUCUGAAACAUUUAGCAGCAGACGGCUCAUAUGUUGGUAGUUACUAUGACAAAGAAGAUGAAUUCUUCUCUUCCUAUGGUCCCAAUGUCAUGUUAGUUAUAAAGGAUGAAGAAUUUCAGUACUGGAACCCAACUGCUCGCAAAAGUCUUGACUUGUGUUUGGAAAAUUUUCAAAAUCUGACAAUGGCACGUUCAGGCAUUCCGCCUGUUUCUUGGCUGAGUGCAUACAUGCAGUUUCCAGGUGUCAAUUUAGAUGAUGAAAUGCAAUUCAAACGCCAUUUAACUGCAUUUCUUAAUCAGUCUGGAUUUAGUCAAGAUGUCAAUUUCACUAACAGUCAAAUUCACGCAUCACGUAUGUUCAUUCAGACUGUGAACAUCCGUACAGCGAUCGAUGAGAAGAACAUGCUGGAUGCAUUUAGAGAUACCGCAGAAAAAUGUGGGAAGUUGCAGACGCCCGUUGAUCUGAUAGUGUACCACCCUGCUUUCAUCUAUUUCGACCAAUAUGCUGUCAUCAUCAGCAAUACAAUCCAAAACUUAGUGGUUGCUACGUGUGCAAUGUUAGUCAUUUCACUCCUGUUGAUCCCAAACCCUCUCUGCUCUCUCUGGGUGACAUUUGCCAUUGCAUCUGUCAUUGUGGGAGUGGCCGGUUUCAUGGCAUUAUGGGAUGUCAGUUUAGACUCCGUUUCUAUGAUUAAUCUUGUUAUUUGUAUCGGGUUUUCUGUCGACUUCUCUGCUCACAUAUCCUAUGCUUUUGUGUCAAGUGAAAAAUCCUCAGCGAAUGAGAAAGCCACGGACGCCCUCACUAAACUGGGCUAUCCCAUCAUUCAGGGUGCCGUGUCUACUAUCGCAGGAGUGGUGGUGCUCGCGGCUGCUAAAAGCUACAUCUUCAGGACCUUCUUCAAAAUCAUGUUCUUAGUCAUUCUGUUUGGGGCCGUCCAUGGCGUUGUAUUCAUACCGGUGUUCCUUACCUUCCUCGGCACUUGCAAUAACAGUCAUGAUAAAAACAAAGAAAAUCUUCCAGAACACAGUGACACAAGCGAACGACGACCAAAAUCAGUUGUGAUUCAGAAUGUGUAUGCUGAUCCUGACUGCUACUGAGCUUACUUUUCUGAAAAAUUUCACCUGUAGAAUUAAUUAAUCAAGGCUAAUUUCUGAAUAUACUAUUGUGCUCCAGUUUCCCCCACAAUCCAAAGGCACAGGUGAACUGUUGACUAAAUUGCCCAUAGGUGUGUGUGUGUGUUUGUGUGUGUGUGUGUGUGUGUGUGUGUGUGUGUGAGUGUGUGUGUGUGUGUGUUCGUGUUCGUGUUCGUUCACCCUGUGAUGAACUGGUCAUCGGUCCUGAGUGUUUCCCUGUUUACGGCCCGUGACACUGCGAUAGACACUUUGAUAGGACAAAUGGUUUAGAAAAUGGAUAAACUUUUUUUCUUUUUGUAUGAGCUUAUCUCUGUAUGACACUUUGAUUUGGCCAUGCAAGUAAACAGCAAUCAUUCUGUUAUGUUCUUAUGUAAAAACUGCAUCUAACAUGUUUUGUGCAUUUAUAUUUUAAUCAAGUUUAUCUUUUUUUGUUUUUUCUCUUUAUACUUGUCAUCAAUAUUUUCACUAUUUAAGUUCUAAUUCAUUUAAACGUGAAUGCAACACAACUUUGCUUUUGUAAGUUACAUUCAAGUCCAUUAAUUACUGGACAUUGGGAAUUUUAUGUUUGGCAUUAAAAGAAUUUAAUCUCAGCUUUAUUGUCACUGAAGUGAAAGAGUAAUUUAUGACAGUAUUUGCAUGAAUUCAUAAUCCUCUCUGCUGCUUAUGUUCUCUCUUGGACGCCAUGAUAGAUGUGAGCAAAAGCAAUAUCUCCUGUCAACAUUUCCUGGUUCCUGAUCCUGGUGGAAUGCUAAAGUAAAAAGUGUUAGUAUAUAAACAGUAAGAUAAAGAGUAA